UAAUGGAAUAAUGGCGAAGCUUGUUAAGAAAACAAGAGAGAGAGGAUUUAUCUGUUGGUGGAAUGACUUAAAAAUAGAGAAUAGGUUGGAAUUUCCAGAUUAACAUAAAACUCGGGCAAAUGGAGUUGACGAGUUGUGUUUUAUCCGUUCUCCAGGCCGAUUGAAGAUUCCCUUUUCUACCUUCACUCACUGUAACACAAGCAUGAUCUUCUAAAUAGUACGAACGGAGUAAAUUAAAUAUAUAUCCCCUCAUUUCUCCUCCUCAGCUUCAAUUCCAUCAAGCUCAGAAAGGUGAAAUUCCCGCCCCCAAGCCCCACACCCCGGCCUGGCCUGACAGACAGGAUAGUGGAGGCUAAAUCAGGGUAACGUAGUGGGAGGACCAAUGUUGUGCCCACAAGAAGUCCACUGCAUUGGGUGUAACUUCCAAAUUGUGGUCGUCUAACUUGAUCCUGUGUUUAACUCACAAUCUAAGCUGCCCGUGCGGGCAACUUGAUUCUUUGUUGAUUAUGUAGUUUGUUGUUUGAGUUCUAUAUUGUAUUUAGCGUUUUUUGUUCGUUUUGUGUUUAAUACUCUGCACUUGUUUGGGUAGAGAACAGAAAACCUUGAAAUGCAGGGACCUUCGGAAGAAGAUUUUUUACUUAAAGAGAUCAACAUCAAACCCAAUGUUGGUGGGGGCAAGGCCACAGCUGGUGACACUGUUGAGCAGAUGCAGUACCUGCAUGUCUAUGUUGUGAAAGCUAGAGUUUUACCUGCUAAGGAUAUCACUGGAGCUAUUGAUCCUUAUGUUGAAAUUAGGGUGGCUAGCUGUAAUGCUAUAACCCAACACUUUGAAAAGAAUAGCAAUCCAGUGUGGAAUCAGGUAUUUUCUUUCUCCAAGGAUCACAUUCAGAGUUGUUCUGUGCUAGAUGUGACCGUGAAAGAUAAGGCUUUUGUUGAGGAUGAUUUUGUUGGUCGGGUUUCAUUUGAUUUGAGUGAGAUCCCAUUCAGUAUCCCUCGGGAUGUUUCACUUGCACCGCGAUGGUAUAGAUUGAAGGGCAGGAUGGGGGAUAGGGUUGAAGGGGAGUUGAUGUUAGCUGUUUGGAUGGGUGAUCAAGCCAAUGACGCAUUCCCUGAGGCAUCAAAUUCACAUCCUCGAACUGUUAAUGUUGCUGAUGACUUUGUAAAUACAACGUCCAAGGUGUACUUCUCGCCCAGGCUUUGGUACUUGAGAGUGAAUGUGAUUGAGGCUCUCGACUUGUUGCCAAAUGAUAAGAGCAGGUCCUUAGAAGUUUAUGUUAAGGCAAUUGUGGGAUAUCAGGUUAUGAGGACCAGAGUUUCUGCAAAUAAAUAUACCAAGCCAAUGUGGAAUGAGGAUCUAAUGUUUGUAGUUGCAGAGCCAGUUGAGGAGCUUCUCAUUUUGAGUGUGGAAGACAGGAUUGCACCAAACAAGGAUGAGGUUCUGGGAAGGUGUGAUAUUCCUUUACAGUACGUGGACAGAAGGUUGGAUCAUAGGCCAGUGGUGAAGCCCAGGUGGUAUAAUCUUGAGAACCAUGUACCCGAUGAGAGGGAAAUGAAGGAAAUACAAAUUUCUGGCAGGAUUCUCGUGGGAAUAUGCCUGGAAGGAGGUUAUCAUGUUCUUGAUGAAUCAACAGAUUAUAGCAGUGAUCAUAGACCAUCCGCAAAGCAGUUAUGGAAAUCUAAUAUUGGCAUUCUGGAAUUGGGUAUUCUUAGUGCCCGCAACCUUUUACCUAUGAAGAAACGUAGGACAUCAACUACAGAUGCUUAUUGUGUUGCUAAAUAUGGUGAGAAGUGGGUAAGAACAAGGACGAUAACAGAUAGCUUUGCUCCCGAGUGGAAUGAACAACAUACUUGGGAGGUGUUUGAUCCUAACACAGUUAUCACUAUUGGUGUGUUUGAUAACUGUAAUCUGCAGACUCCACAGGUUGGAUAUGGAUAUAGAUCUGCUUUGGCAAAGGACUCAAAAAUUGGAAAGAUCAGGAUUCGCCUUUCCACUCUGGAGACAGAUCGUGUUUAUGCACAUUCUUACCCACUUCUGGUUUUGCUUCCCAGUGGAGUGAAGAAGAUGGGUGAAAUUGAGUUGAGUGUUAGGUUUACUUGCUCUUCCUUGCUUAAUAUGACACGUAUGUACUCACACCCCUUGUUGCCCAAAAUGCAUCAUCUUCAACCCAUAACUGUUAGUCAGAUCGACAUAUUGAGGCACAAUGCCACUCAGGUUGUAUCAAUGAGCUUGAGUCGAGCUGAGCCUCCCAUGAGGAAAGAGGUAGUGGAGUAUAUGCUGGAUGUUGGUUCCAAUAUGUGGAGUAUUAGGAAAAGCAAGGCUAACUUUUAUAGGAUUAUGAAUGUUUUGGCUAAGCUGAUAUGCAUAUUCAAACACUGCGUCUCAUGAUGCUUCCAAUAUGCACCGGCCGUACCUAUUUUAUCCUUAGCUUGUUUAUAUGUAUCAAACACUGGUGUCUAUGGUUGCCUUAUUAUAUGCAUGUGUUAAGUUGCUUAAGUUCAAAUUAAUUAAUUGUUCA